AGGAGCGGAAGACAACCAUUUAUUUUGAAAGUGUAAAAGCGGAAAAGGUGUAACGUUGCUUGUUUGUGUGUUCAUAGUGCUGCGAGAUAAAUCAUCACAAAGCUCUUCAGGACAGCGUGCGUUUGAGUGUGCGUGUGUGUGUGUCUUAAACGUGGUGUCAUCUGAGUGCUUGCGUGCUGCGCCAUCCUGCGGUGUGCAAUGUCUUCGGAGCUGCUUGUGGAUUUGAGCGAGGACCCGACGACGGCACAACUGGGCCACCUCAAGCUGGCCACUUUAGAGGACCAGCAGUGGCCGACGGAUGAAUCGACUCUCAGCAAGUCAGAGACUGACAUCUCUCAGCAGUUUGAUGCCAGUUCCCCCCACCUACCCUGGGACCAUCCCUACUAUGACAUCGCCCGGCAUCAAAUCAUCGAAGUCGCCGGCGACGACAACUUUGGCAGAAAAGUGAUUGUCUUUAACGCGUGCAGGAUGCCCCCCCAGCACGAACUGGACCAUCACAAGCUGCUGAUGUACCUGAAAGGAACAUUGGACCAGUAUGUUGAAAGCGACUACACCCUGAUCUACUUCCACCACGGGCUGACCAGCGAGAACAAGCCGUCUCUCAGCUGGCUGCGAGAUGCUUACAGGGAGUUUGACAGGAAGUAUAAGAAGAAUAUCAAAGCCUUGUAUAUUGUCCAUCCCACCAUGUUCAUAAAGACCCUGUUGAUCCUCUUCAAACCCAUCAUCAGUUUUAAGUUUGGGAGGAAAAUCAACUACGUGAGCUAUCUGAGUGAGCUGGAGGACGUGGUCAAGUGUGAGCAGCUCAUCAUUCCAGCCCGUGUCAAAGAAUACGACAACAAGUUGAGAGCCUCCCUGAAGCCAAGCUCACUGCCUCCUAUGUCCCCUCCUCGGAGUCCUCCUCUCCCCAACCAGGUCUUUGGGGUCCCCCUUGAAUUGUUACGAAAGAGAAAUCCAGACGGAGACGCGGUUCCUGUGGUGAUGAGAGACACAAUCAGCUUCCUUUCAGAGCAAGGUCUGGAGAUUGAGGGAAUCUUCCGACGUUCCGCCAAUGUGACUUUGGUGAAGGAGGUUCAACUCCGAUAUAAUUCAGGCGAAACGGUCAACUUCAAAGAGAUGGAAGAUGUCCAUUUGGCGGCCGUGAUCUUGAAGACGUUUCUGCGAGAACUGCCCGAGCCACUGCUGACCUUCCAGCUCUAUAAUGACAUAGUCAAUUUUGCCUCUGUGCCCAGUGACAGUCAGGUGACCGUCAUGAAGACGCUGGUGGAGUCACUGCCAGAGGAGAACUACGCCACACUCAGAUACCUAAUCACAUUCCUGGCACAGGUAACAGUCAACAGCGAAGUGAAUAAGAUGACCAACAGCAACCUAGCUGUGGUUUUUGGGCCCAACCUGCUCUGGGGGCGGGACAACGCCAUGUCACUCAGCGCCAUUGGACCAAUCAACAACUUCACCCGAUGCCUGUUGGACCAGCAGCACUUGGUCUUUACCUAAAUGCGGUCCCCUUUUGUCUGACUCGCCACUGGAGGCUACUCAACCUUGAUAGCGAGUGAGCCCAAAUAGCUCUUGAAGCAACACAGCUUAGAUCUAAAAUGCACAUUAAAAACAAACAUCUCUCGGAUGAUUUGAUUUGUAUCUUUUGUCCCCUGAAAAUCAGAUUGAGCCCAUUGCAACGUGAUUAGUGCUCAACCGUAAAUUGAAAUGUAGUGAGCACUUCGUGAGAAAACAACCGUGCAAAUGCAAAAUUGAACAACAAAAGAGAUUUUCUCAAAAGCGACAUUCCAACUACAACUGCAUGUGUACAAUUAUUGUCAAGUGGAAUUGAAAUCAGAAAAUGUGUUUACUAUUCAAUGUGUUGCUGUUGUUGGUUUCUGACGUUUCUUUCAUGCAAAAAAAAAUACAAAAUACAAAACCACCAUGAAGAAAUAAAUGGGUUGUGUGAAAACCCUCAGGUUUGCCUAAAAAAAAUGGUACCAAAUGUUGUGGACAAUCUUGCUGUAUUUAAAAAAUUAAAAAAAAGUAACAGAUUAGCUGUACUGUUGUAUUAAUCCCCCCCAAACGUCUGUGCUUUGGGCUGUCAUGCACGCGUCCGCUCUCCCCCUCUCUGAACCGUGUGAUCCAAUCGGGUUUUGUGCUGGUGGGUUUUGUUUGUACCUGUGCCGCCUGGCCUUUUGUUUAAUUGUGUGCCAUUUAUGUGAUGGUGUCUUUGUUCCCCAGGGAUCAAUAAUAAAACUAGGGGAAGCUGCAGAAUUAAAUUUAGGAAAAAUCUGCUGCCUUGAUACACAUUCUUACAGGGGCAAAAACCCUGUCUUAAAAACGACUUCCUCAACUUGAAACACUCUGAUGAACCUUACAACUAAUGUUCUAAAAUCUUAACACUACAAUUUUGAAUUUAAUGUUUUACUUGACCAAUGUUAGGUGGAAUCGUUGCCAUGCUGUUUGCUGUUUCAUUUAUGAGUGCUACUGUGUAUGCUGUGCUCUAUAUACAUACAGUAUAUAUUAUGUAUGUGUGUGUUAAUGCGUUAAAAAAAAUCACAAAAUAUGCCUGGGCUCGAUAUUGUUUAAAGGUUUAACCAACAGGGUUCGUGUGAACGGAGGAGAGAAUCUCAAACAAGUGCCAUUGAAGUUUCACACUUGCUGAUCAAUCGCAUCUGUGUAUGAUCUCGUGAUCUUUGUACUGUAAUUAGUUGUCCUGGUGACAGUAAGAUAUUUUCUCUCUGGGAGAAGUGACUUGGUUUCCAGGCUCAAAUAAAUUCAAGAUUAUUUUCUCAAUUUUAUUUUUCAUCCUUUUGAUAUUUAGUUCUUGAUGUGUAUGACGAUGAUGUACUCUUGUGGCAGAAUAAAGAAACCUGAACGAA